AUGCCACGGUAUCACUAUUCGCGAAUUGUUCCAACUACUGCUACAAAUAAUUCUGAUUCAUUUUUAACACGAAAUAGUUUAGAUGAACUUACAUCAAAACCAACAAUGACAGUGACAACGACGACGACGAGCAAUAAUAAUAAUAAUAAUAAUAUUAAUUCUUAUGGAUCUUUUAAAUCGACAUUCAUUCCGCUUGUUACCAAUAAUCGAACAAUAGCACCAAAUAGGCGUGAUUUUAUUCAGAUACCAAUAACUAGAGAAGAUGGUACGCCUAUUACACCAAAUAAUUAUAGUCGAUCUGUACCGAUUACUUUCAUCAGUCAAACAACUACAUUACCACCUGCUGGAAAUAAUAAUAAUAAUAAUAACAAUAAUAAUAAUGAAAGUAUAAAUUCAAAAGCAAAUUUUAUUAAUCUUUUACGACCAAGUUCAAGAUAUUUUCAACAUCAUUUUAAUAAUACUACUGAUAAACCACCACCAGUAUCAUCAUCAUCAUCAUCAUCAAGUAUACCGCGUUUACCUUCUGUUACACGUCGUUUAAGUCUUACAAUACCAAUUAUGACAACAACAACAACACCUACAAAUACUGAUGAUGACACAGCAAAAUCAACAAUUCCAUCAUCACCUAUUCGACAAAUUCCUAUUCAUCUUCCACCACCAGCAACUAUUACUCCAAUACCUAUAAAUAAUUCUAAUACGUCAAGUGCUAUUAUUCGUUCAUCAUCACAAACAAAUUCAGUUGAAAGUCAAAAACCUGAUAUAGAAGAUGAAUCAUUAUCACUCCCAACAUUAUUAACAAUUAAUAAUUCUCAACAAUCAUCAUCUGAUUCAACUCUUACACCUUCAAACAUAUCACCUAUACGGCGAGCUGAAGCUAUGGCUCGUGAAGCUAUACAAGGUAUUGCACGACUUCAACAACAACGAAAUAGUUCAAAAUCGGAAAAUAAUAAUAAAUCACCUAAUUUAUCUCGUCGUGUUAUUAUAAAUUUAAAAAAUAAUCAAUCCGUUUUACUUGAUAGUCGUCUUUCAUCUGCAAAGAAACCACCACCAAUUCCAUCUUCUUCUCGGAUAACACCAAGAAAUAAUUUUUUUCAUAUACCUGUUUUACAUGAAAUUCAAGUGCCUUCUCAUCCAGCAUCACAACAAACUGAAACUUCUUCUCAAUUGUUAUCUGCUAGUAAUAGUAAUAAUGAAAGUUAUAAAAAUGAAUUUCAUAUGGAAAUCCCAGUUACAAUUACUACUAGCAAUGAUCAAGAAAAUCAAAAUGAAGUAAUAAGUGGAAAAGAAGAUGGAAUAAUGAUUCACGAACGUAUUCCAUCUGGAAAUAAUAAUUCAAAUCAAACGCUCAAAUCAAUUUUAAAACGAUCCUCGUCAAGAGAAACUGUUUCAAGAAAAAAUGUAAGCUUUAUGAAUGCUUAA